CCCCGCUGCCGGCCAUCGAGGAAGCGCGGCGAGCGAUUAGGCGCGGUGUGUGUGCGGCGGCUCCACCAUGUCGAAGGUGUCCUUUAAAAUCACGCUGACGUCGGAUCCGCGGCUACCGUACAAAGUUCUCAGUGUUCCGGAAAGUACGCCGUUCACGGCCGUGUUGAAGUUUGCAGCGGAAGAAUUUAAAGUUCCUGCAGCAACAAGUGCAAUUAUUACUAAUGAUGGAAUAGGAAUAAAUCCUGCACAGACUGCUGGAAAUGUUUUUCUGAAACAUGGCUCAGAGCUGCGGAUCAUUCCUAGAGACCGAGUUGGAAGUUGCUGAUGUCCGCUUCUUGGAAUCCACACCUUUCAGAAUAAAUACUGGUGUUUGUUGUUGCUGUGUGGUUAAAAUCAGGCAUUCACGAUUCAGUGAAAGCACCAAGAAUCAAUGAAACAAGGAAAGUUGACUCUUG